AUGCAUUUAUUUCCCAAAGAGCUAGUAGAGGAUGUAGCUAAACUGCUCGAAGAACAUGAUCUGCCCAGACUGAAUAGUGACAAAUAUGGAGCAAAAGGAGCAGUUGGUUUCGAUAUGACUUAUAGAGGAACAGCAAUACAUUUGCUUUACCAACUGGAUCUGUCAGAAAAACAAAAAAAGAAGACUAUUAAUGAAGAGAAGGGUGAGGCAGCAGAUAAGGAGGAUGGAGAAGCAAUUGGGAAGGAUGUAAUUAAUAGUGAGGAGGAUGAGGCAGCAGAAGUGGAGGAUGAGACAGCAGAAGUAGAGGAUGGGUUCGAUAAAGAGGAGAGUGUGAUUGAA